AUGGUGAAACUCAAUUCUCACUUCCUUUCUCUUGCACUCUUCUUCUUGUUCUUGUCUCCUUCAUCUGCACACUACAAGGUCACUGAACCUUCUUCUGAUCCUCCUGCUGCUAAUCCUCUGUCUCCAUCUUCUUCUGAUCCUCUUUCUCCAUCUUUAUCUGUUUCUGAUUCUCCAUUGCCAUCUUAUGCCGAUUCUCCUUUGCCAUCUCAUUCCGAGUCUCCUCCAUCAACUUAUACUGAUACUUCUUCUAAUUCCGAUCCCUCUUCUAAUCCUUUGAUGGGUAAGUUCAAAGGCCUCUUCUCCAAAGUAUUUGCUUUUGGUGACUCAUACACUGACACUGGAAAUGCUAACUUCAUGGGUGGUGGCAUGGGCGGCCCCCUGAGUGGCCUGAUGGGUGGCCAGGGGGGAGGCAUGGGUGGCCCCCUGAGUAACAUGAUGGGUGGCAAGGGCCCCCUGAGUAGCAUGAUGGGUGGCAAGGGCCCCCUGAGUAACAUGAUGGAAGGCAAGGGCCCCCUGAGUAGUAUGAUGAGUGGCAAGGGCCCCCUGAGUAGCAUGAUGAGUGGCAAGGGUCCCCUGAGUAGCAUGAUGGGCGGUGGUAUGGGCGGUGGUAUGGGCGGUGACAUGGGUGGUGGCAUGGGUGAUGCUAUUAAACAAGGGAUUAAUAAAGGCCACAAGGUGGUUGAUUACCUCUGUGAUGCUUUCCAAAUUCCGCACUUGUCACCCUAUAAAGACGGUAAAGGAGAUUUCAGUCAUGGAGUGAACUUUGCAUUUGGCGGCGGAUUGCCCGGCCUUUUUGACCACUCUCAGCACAAUCACUCAAUGCCUCACUCAAUUUUGUUUCAAGGGGUAGCUAAGGCCUUGCAAACUCAGAAAGAAUGGUUCCAUGAUUAUGUCCAAAAUAUGGCAUGUAAGGGGAAGGAUGAGAGAGCCUGCAAGGAGGACAUUGGAAAAGCCCUCUUCUGGAUUGGUGCCACAGGUGUCAAUGACUAUACACGGAUUUCCGGUUUUAAAAUGUUUAACCUUCAGAAGCUUGCAGAUAAUUGUAUUAUUCAUAUCAGCCAACUUAUGAAGGAAUUGUUGAAUAUGGGUGCAAAGAACAUUGUGGUUCAUGGUUUACCACCAGUAGGGUGCCUUCCAUCAAGUAUUUCACUAUGUCCACUGAAAAAUUUCGAUAAAUUGGGGUGUUCUUUGGCCAUCAACACAGGAGUAAUGAUCCACAACAGAAUCCUUCAAAGGAUGAUUGUGAGGUUUCAUAAUCAGUACCCUGAUGCGAAAAUCUUGUAUGCUGAUUACUGGAAUGCAUUCCUUAAAAUUUUGACACAUCCAAAAGAGUAUAAUUUCCUAGAGACCACCAAGGCGUGUUGUGGAUCUGGUGGUGGCCAAACCAACUUUAAUGUGAAUCAAAUGUGCGGCGCGCCUGGCACAUUCACCUGCAAGGACCCUAGCAAGUACAUGAGUUGGGAUGGGAUCCACCUCACCGACGCAAUGCAUCAGCACAUUUCUGAUCUUUUCCUCAAUCAGAACUUCUGCAGACCAUCAUUCGCUCAGGCUUUCAAGAAUAAGAUUGGCAUGUAGAUGUUUUUAAUGCCCAUUGUUGCCUCUUUUUUUUUUUUUUUUUUUUUUUUUUUUUUUUUUUUUCUUUUUAAAAAUAAGUUACCCCGCUCCGGAUGGCUUCAUUCAGAGAGCAAGUGAAUAAAUCUGUAGGUUGAUGGCAAUGCAUGCCUACAUUGUAGAUUGUAUAGUGGAUCAAUGUCGCUUGUACAAUGCAGUCAAAGACAUCCAUUGUAUUAAUUAUUCUAAGGAAUGAUAUUAAUAAAAGGCUA